UGACCGAGAAGAUCAUGCAUUAGAGAGGUGGGAUAAAUAUACAAAACAUGUCAAAUGACAAAUCAGUAGCCAUCUUCUUAAAACUGUCCAUAAAGUGCAAUCCAGCAAGAGUCGGGUAACUGAGGAUGUUACGCUUGUUGCAAAAACAACAAACGGCUCUCUUGCACAAUUGAUUUUUUUUUUCUAUUAUUUUGCCUUGUAGAGAGGCACACAGCGUGCUUUGAUUAGCAGCUCGCUAAAUGUGAAACACGGGUCACAGGCUGUUUGUGCCUAUGUCACGCAAAUCUUUGAAUUUCUCUUUUUGCAGUCCAGCCUUGUGGGAUGCGCAUGGCUAAGGUCAAGGUCAAUUCCGAGUUUACGGCUCCAUGUGAAACGUCCAUGCUUUAUCCAGCCAACGGAGGCAACAUGCAUUGCUUUACCGCAGUGACAGCUUGUGCAGUUCUCGAUGUAUUAGGCCCGCCAUACUCCGACCCUGAAGGCCGACAUUGUACCUACUACCGCGAUCUCCCAUUCACCAGCUUCUCAGUUGAUGCAGCAUCAUCAGUGCCUAGAGAGGAGAGAGAAGAUUAUGCACGGCUUCAAGAGAGGGAGAUACCAGAGGAUUUUAAUGUGGUUGGAAUUCCUUACAGAGGCCCAAUAAUAACAAGAGACAAUUAAAUCCAACACCAACCUUUGAUUGGGC